UGCCGACCAUGGGACUUGUGAGGGCUGCUGCUGCCAUUACGCCCGUCCUUCCUAGUGAAGAAGUCAACUAUUCGGACACCGGUAGUGAAACAGACGAAUCAGACUGGUCAGGUAUCCUAACAUAUCAAAUAUUGGGUGUGAUAUUUCUGACGGCGAUGGCGUUAGUUCUUCUAGCGGCUGUGAGUUAUCAAUGCGCCGCCACGUGGAAAUGGAUCCGCGACAAGACCUGUGGCGAUCCUUCCGAUGCCGAAACUUCCAUCAGCAAACAGCAAGCGGCUAUAAGGAUCAGUCAUUCGUUGCCGGAUUUGCAAUCGGAACCGAUGACACAGGAGUACGUGCAGGAGCACAAAGAUUCGGUCGCCAAAAAGGUCUUGAGGCAAACGACGUUGCCCAUUGUGCCUACAAGACAUCAGACCUUUCAAAGGCAGCUGUCGCAUAGGCUGGAAAUGCCCUCAAAUGUCCAGUUUAGUAUUUGCACGUUGGAACACAGGAGCGACUCGAGUAUAGUGGGACUGAUUAAGCCCGAGUUGUAUAAAAAAGAUUUAGUCCGCCAAUCCUCAGCCGACAGCUCUGGGGGUCCCGAAAUGGAAUAUUGUGGCAAAUUACAUUUCUCACUCCGAUACGACAAAGACGUAGAAGGGCUUGUUGUGAGGGUGUUCGAAGGUCGCGAUUUGCCCAUUAAGGACUCGACGGGUAGCAGCGAUCCCUACAUAAAACUUUACCUCUUACCCGACCGGAAAAAGAAAUUCCAGACGAAAGUCCACCGGAAAAACCUCAAUCCGGUGUUUAACGAGACGUUUAUAUUCAGUGUUCCUUAUGAGGAGCUCCGCCAGCGAUACCUCCAGUUCUCCGUGUACGACUUUGACCGCUUCUCCCGUCACGACCUCAUUGGUCACGUUGUCCUCAAAGGUCUCUUAGACUCCACAGACCUUCAGCAAGAGAUUGAGUACACGAUGAAUAUUUUAUGCCCUCCACAGGAAAAAGUCGAUUUGGGCGAGCUGAUGUUGUCGCUUUGUUAUCUGCCGACGGCUGGAAGACUGACCAUCACUAUAAUUAAGGGAAGGAGUCUUAAAGCAAUGGAUAUUACGGGAAAAUCAGAUCCCUACGUUAAAGUGUAUUUGCUUUGUCAAGGGAAACGGAUAAAGAAGAAAAAGACGUCGGUGAAGAAAAAUACGCUCAACCCGGUUUAUAACGAGGCGCUGGUGUUUGAUGUCCCAGCUGAGAAUAUCGAGGAUGUUUCCCUCAUUGUUAAAGUGAUAGACUACGACAGAAUUGGUUCAAAUGAGUUGAUGGGUUGCACGGCGAUAGGUUCAAGUUUCAUAGGGAUCGGCAAGGACCAUUGGUUGGAAAUGCUGGACAAUCCCCGAUGUCCCGUAGCCCAAUGGUACCCCCUCCUUGAAUCGAUACCGGGCCACAUACCCGCCAACGACUCCCCUCAGCCCCUCAGCCUUAGCUGCCUCAACAGGUGAACGACUAUUCCGAGACGAAAAAACAAAGGAAACAAACGUCUGGUGCUGAAAUCAUGAAAGAGAAUAGCAGAUCAAUCCCUGCCGUAGAUUGUCAGUAUUCUGUGUUGAGACAAUUUCCAAAAAGACAAUUCGCUAUGUAUGUGAACAAUAAGCAACAAUGUUGUAUUGUAGAGUUAUUUUCGGUUUUACUUAUUGUGUUGACAAUACCGAUGCAUAUCAGCUCCUUGUUGUACUAAGAGAUGGUUGUUUAAGCGGAAGAUGUACGAAAUUAGUAAAGGCGUUUCGGCCUACACGAGUACAUCUUCCGGGCUCAAGGCUCGCUGCUAGGUUAUCUUGCUCUCUGUUACAGUACUUGUAGAUUUAUUAUCGAUCUACGUGUCAUGUGCAUGUUUGUUAUCAGCUUGUUAAAAUAAGAGAAAUUAUUUUAAAUAAAUAUAUAUUGUACUCG